AUGAAGAGAAAGAACGCUGAAGGUAAAGGAUCGAACGAGAAGGAUACCAAGCAAAUUUCACUUGAAGAAGAUAAAAUUAAGGGUUUGUUUAAUUCAAAAAUCUGGGACAAAUCCUUCCAAGAUGGCUUAAAAAAGGAAAUUGAAGACGCCCAACCAUACAACUGGGGUACCAUCCAUGAGUUAGUCAACGAUGACCUUCUACGUGCGGUCCGUAAAGAGAUCGAAACUGAGAUUCAUUUCACUAAGAAGGAAACUGACAUUUAUAGAGUCAACCAGAGUGGUGACUUGGCUAACUUGUCCGGUUUGGACUGGAACGACUUGUCACGUUUGCCAAAUUUGUUUAAGCUACGUCAAAUCUUAUACUCCAAGCAAUAUAGAGAUUUUUUCGGUUACGUUACCAAAGCUGGUAAGUUAUCUGGUUCUAAGACCGACAUGAGUGUUAACACUUACACAAAGGGUUGUCACCUGUUAACCCACGACGAUGUCAUUGGUUCUAGAAGAAUCAGUUUCAUUUUGUAUUUACCAGAUCCUGAUAGAAAAUGGAAAUCCCACUAUGGAGGUGGCUUAAGACUUUUCCCCAGUAUUUUACCAAACGUUCCUCAUUCUGAUCCAUCUGCCAAGCUAGUCCCACAAUUCAACCAAAUUGCUUUCUUCAAGGUCUUGCCAGGUUUCUCCUUCCACGAUGUCGAAGAAGUCAGAGUCGACAAGCACAGAUUGUCUAUCCAAGGUUGGUACCAUAUUCCACAAGUCGGUGAAGAAGGGCACAUCCCGGGUGAAGAAGAAGCAUGGGUACGUAAUAACACCUCCACUUUGGCACAAAUCGAAUCCAAUGUCUUGGAAGAUUUUGAGUUUCCAAAGGAUGAAAGAGAUAUCUUGCCAUUCCAUGAAGUUAAGCAUUUUGAAAAAAUGUUGAAGAGCGAUGCUGCAAACGAAAACAAUACUCCUAAGGAAGCUAUGACCAGUAUAAUUUCUGAUUCUCUCCAGUUAUCUGAAACUGAAUUCACCUAUCUAUCCCAGUAUAUUUCUCCUGAACACUUGAACCCAGAAGGCAUUGAAAAACUACAAAAGAAGUUUGUUGAGAAUUCUUCUUUACAAAUCGAGGCUUUUCUGAACGAUAGCAAAUCUGAAUUAUUGAAGAAAGUUAUCAAACAAAAGGAAUUGGAGCAAGAAUGCCCUUACCAUUCAAAGGACGUGAAGACGCCGUGGAAGACGGCUAUUCCUCCACACAAAGCCCGUUAUCUGUACAUUGAUGGUAAGGARUACCGUAAUUUCCAAACAGAAGCAGACAUUUUUAAGGCGUUAAACAACGAUGAUUUGGCAAACUUCCAAUUCACCAAGGAUACCAUCAAGGUAAUUGCCGAUGCUUCUGGUAACAGUAAGGAAAGCAACUUUGAUGCUGAGCUAGCGUUGAUUGACUUGGCCAUCUUCCACAAGAGCACCAUUUUCAAGAAGUAUUUAGCCUUGCUGACUUCUUUGUGCCCAGUCAGUGAACAAGUCCUCAUCAGAAGAUUCAGACCUGGUAUGGAUUUCACAUUAGCCACCAAGUGCCGUUUCAAUGAACUUUUGAAGGGUAAUCCAGAUAUCUUGGAUGCUGUUUUGGAAGGUACUUUAUGUUUGACCCCUUCUCCUGGUUGGGAAUCAGGAGAACUUGGCGGUUAUGAAUUGUACAUGAUGGAUGAUGAUGAAGAUAAUAAGCAAUACCUAAAGGAGGACGUUGAAGAUGCUUCAGUGUAUCGUGCAGAUGACAGUGGUGACUCUGUUCUGAUUAACGAUCCACCUGCUUGGAACACUUUCAACUUGGUCCUGAGAGAUGAAAGUGUUUUGGAAUUUGUUAAGUACGUUAGCUGGAGUGCCAAAUCUAGUAGAUGGGAUGUCAAAAUGAAAUGGGAUGUCAAAGCCUGUGAUGAAGAUGAAGAAAAUGAAGAAGCCUAA